AAGUGCCCACAGUUUCAAACUUCGCACUGGCAAAGGCACAGAGUCUAUACUUUUGGAUUUGGAGUCAUAUGCUGGUCUUGUUGGAAAUAUCGAGAACGGAUACUUAGAUUAGCAUCUUUUACCUUAAAGGUAACAACAGCAGAUAACAUCAAAGCAGAAAAGCAAAUCACGCACAAAGAGUGAUAGGGAUAUCGCCAGAUCCACAUCCAUUAUCCUGCUCAUCGAAAGACAUUGUAAAGAGCAAAUAGAUACUUCUGUCAUCUUACCCCAUUACACGUCUUUUUACUUGAUCUGGAAUCGGAGGUGGAUAACAAGACUAAGAUUGAAGGACAGACUGAAUAUCAAUCAAGCCCCUUUCAGACAAAUGGGGCCAUUUGUGUGAGUUUUUCAUCAAAGCAGUCACUUAAUCGUAGGAAGGACUGUUAUUGUCGUGAUAUAUAUGACAAGUGACAAUUACUGACACAUUAAUUCUCUGCCACACACUAUAGGCUAGAUGUUAAUGUAGAUGUGUAAAUGGACAUCCGACAGCUGGAAACAUUGAAACAAUUGCAAUUUGUGGGAAAGUGGACUGUGAAUUGGAUGAGAAGAGAACUAUGAUACUUAUCAAAUAAGAUAGGAGCUACAAUAAUUACCAAGUCUCCAAAAACAUUAAGAAUAGUCCAUCUUAAUUCUUGUAAUUACAUAAUGCAAUGAUAUGUAGAAAAUUAUUAUCACCAAAUACAUUGAGAAGAAGAAAAAUAUAAUUACAAACUGCAUCGAUAAGAAGAGAACUACAACUAUUUAAUCCACUGACAAGAAAUAAAUGAAAAUACCAUACCAGAACAAUAUAGCAAUAGUACAUGUAUUGAUCACGAUUCAGUCGAACAAUUCAUUUCUUGUUCUUGGAGGUCUUCUUUACUUCAAGCAUCGGAUUCUACAGAAAUCAUAAGAAAUUCAAAACGCUACACGAAAUCUGCAGGAAAUCUCGCAAAAUAUUUCGCAAAGAAUCCGAUGAAAUAAUCCAUUGAAAAACUAUAAUUCAAAAUCCGUUUCACUAAACCAAUAACACAAGACUUGAAUCAAUGGAAAAAGACCUGUCAUUGAAACUCAUGACUCUGUUUGACAAAAACAGCUAGUAUUUGUUUCCAAGAGCGUGGUGAUAUUAAUUCAGUUCCAGCAAAGACAAGAAAACUGUUCAUCCUUGUAAGAAUGACAGGGAUGGAUUUCAUGUGAGAUACAUGUAUCUGUUGCAACAGGCGUCUAGGAUGUAACAUCUCCAAACAAAGGAUUAUAUAAUUUCAUUGAUUGUAAUUAGAGGAAUAUUUCACGAUGCCACAGUUGUAUGACUACGAUUUAUAUGAUGAUUAUGGGAAUUACUCCUACGAUUAUUACAAUGACUCCGACUACAUGGGCAACGAGGCGUAUUUGGCAAGCUACCAGCAAGUAGUCAGGUUUCAACACUAUCUCCUCGGUGUGGCUGCCUACGUAACAUGCGGUAUCGGAAUAAUCGGAAACGCUAUGUCGAUAGCUGUGCUAUCAAAGGGAUGUCGGGAGUCGUCGUUGAUCGUUUACUUGAUGGGAUUAGCCAUAGCAGACAUCAUGGUCCUUGUCACAACUGUCAUUAGCACUGUUGAGACACUCGCACCUGACGUGGACGGCCAAUUAAAAAUCCAUACGACCUACACAGCAUAUGUUUUACCCUACGUGAUGCCGCUCGGACUCACUUUUCAAAUCUACUCUAUAUAUAUGACAGUAGCAUUCACAAUAGACCGCUACAUCUACAUCUGCCAUCCAUUCCAGUCACAUAAAUUGUGCACCGUAUCGAGAGCGUGGAAAAUGACACUUCUAAUUUUCAUUUUGUGCGCAAUUUAUAACAUACCACGCUGGUUUGACUACUGUACCAUAUUAACAUUUCAACCCUCCACCAAUAUGACAAUUGCAACGUUGGGCAAAACACCUCUCUCCUCAACUCAGAUUUUCAAAAAGUUAGUUCAUGAUUGGCUAUACAUCCCAAUUGCACUUGUCAUACCUCUGGUCACAAUAACCACACUGAAUAGUUUUCUCAUCCGGGCAGUGAUCCAGUCAAGUAGGCAGGGUAAGGUCAUAGGGGCAAAAGACUCGCAAGAAAAGUCCACGACAAUUAUGCUGAUUGCUGUUAUCUUCAUGUUCAUGCUUUGUCAGAUUCCAGCCUUGAUUUCAAAUCUGAUUUACUCGCGAACCUCCGAGCAGCAGCUAAAAGAUGACCUCGGGUUCGUCUAUUUCAACGCAAUAUGUAAAUUUUUAAUCAUCGUGAACUGUUCGGCGAAUAUAUUCUUCUACUGUUACUUCGGGAAGAAGUUCCGGCGAGACUUAAUUAAGAUGUUGUUGCUGUGUUGUGCGAAAAAGUUGGAGGAGCGAAAAGCGGAGAGACGCUGGAUGUCAGGACGGAAAAAUACCGAAACUUCUUUCCAAACUGAGGCAGAAACACUCCCGGACACCCACCGAAGCAAAUCCGGUAACUACAAUAGUUUCAGCAGAGCAGAAGGACAGAAUGGUUACCAAUAUGAGCUGGAGCCAUUAAAGGAGGACAAUGGACCAACGUUCUGAGAAAACCAGCAGUAGUCAUGAGAACAUAACUAGUCAGAGAACUAUUAGGAAGUCAAAUCAGUCAAGCGGGAAACUGGUCACAGUUAUGAGAAGCAUCAGUUCUGCCAGUAAGAAUUCAUCCGACCAUGCAUAUACCAAUGUUCUCAUGUUACUGACAUUUUGAAAGGUAAAAAUGUGAAAGACAUGAUGGUCUGUCAAGAUGGCCAGCACAAAAGUACGAGUUUUAAUGAUGAGGACACAGUUCAGAUAUUUACAGGUUGUAUCCAAAGAAGAAUUGUAUAAAAGACGUUAUAAGACCAACAGUAUAGAUUAAAAGACUAAUACUUGUAUUAGCAUUGCAUGAGACACACUUUUCAAGUCCUCGCGGACAUUUGAUCAACAGAGGCUAUGCAGAUGAUGUCACCAUAGCAAAAGAUGCCAUUUUUGACAUCAAAUUUACGUCAUUGAUCCAGGCGGCACACUUUGAUAUCAACCAUGACGUUACUUAUACCUAGUAGCACAUUUCAUGGCUGUGAUAUCAUUGCACAUCCUCUUUUGUAUCAUUAGGCCAUUCCAAGACUUUCCACUCUGCACACACAGAAAGUGUGCAACUGGUACCAUUAAAACCUUACCAUUUUCACUUCAACUGGACUAUACUCAUCUGCAUGCGGAAGGAAAAGCCUGCAUUCUUGGUCUGGGGAGUAUUAGGUAUCAUAGAAAAUCCCAUAAGUGUUGGAUGCGGAUGGAAUAAAGAUUGCAUGCAAGACUAUUUACAGGUUUAAGAAGAAGCAUGAAUGCAAAUUUUAAGAAAAGUCAAAAUGUGAAAACUGAAUUAAAACUAUUAAAAGGACCUAUCUUGUCACAUGAAAUCUGGUUCCUUCUGCUCCAAAGAGUCAAUUACUAUAGUGUCCCUUCUUGAGAGAGAUAUAAUGGCGUGAAUCACUCAGUCAAAUGUGUGCGGUUAUUACUAAAUGGAACCACGGGAAAUAGGAUUUUAAUAUCACACCUUGUAAUUCACGAUAUGAAAUCUGAUGAGUGAUUUUUAAAGGAGAAGUGCCAUUAGUGCUGGCUGAAAUAUUGUAAUUUUACAGACAUCUCAAGGCUAACAUAACAAGUAGUUCAUUGCUACUUUGGGAUGGACGCCCUGAAAAUGUAUUGCUCUCCAGCAAAGGGGGGGCACGUUUGCCUCAUGUUCCCCCUUAACCGUUAGAGACUCUAAAUACUAUUCAAGCUCAUUGCCAAAGUGAUACAACUUUUCCUAAUCUCUAUCAAACACAGUUAUACCUCCUGACAUUUUGUCACAUUUUAUUCAAAUGCCAAACCAGCUCAUCACAAUGGGAUAAGACUUUGUUAGAUAUCACUAACUAAAAGAAUAGUCUACAGAAUACUUUUUUCAAAUGUGAAACUGCCCAAUGAGCCAGGGGUGGGCAAAUUAUGUAUUUCUUCAAAUGAUGUUAACAUUUAUCAUAGAUGUUGUUCCAUUGCAAAUGAUGCUAUCUAGGUAAGUAGUGGGCAUUUCAUUGUCAUUGGAGUAGACUCAGGUAUUCACCAACUUCAUAAAAAUAUCAAAAUACGUGUAGAUUGUAUCUGUAUUUCAAAUACAUGUAGUCAUCAGGAUAGUACUUACCGGUACCUGCUUUAAUAGUUUGUGAUUCAAAUCAUACGUGUAUAUAACGGUACCAGACAGAGUGUAUAUUGUAAAGGAAAUAAAAGGUAUUGUGAUUACUGAAUAA